AUGUCGGACCGGUUUUCGUACCUACGACAAAAACUUAAGAGCCUAAGGGAUAUCAGUAACAUCAGUGCGGUACUUCUGCACAAAUUUUUCCCAACGGAAAGAUGCUCCUUUCUUUGUCCCAGAGAAGACCCCACCUUUAUCGGAGAGGAAGCCAUGCUGGAUACCCUUCUCGAUAAAAGGGGCAUGGACGUCUUAAACAUUGAGGAAAAUAAAACGAAAAAAUAUUUGGGGGGUGCAGCGUCUACGGAAGACUUCAGCGUAGUGACGCUUGAUGGGGAAACCCCUUCACAGGAGCGUAUACGCAAUCAGAACUCGGGGCAACUUUUUAUAUCCUCUGACUACCCUUCACGCAUCACAGAUCCCAAGGCACUCUCCCAGCUGCUCCUUCUAGGUGAGGUGGUGGAAGCAUGUCAUGAUGUCAACAGUAGAGCUGACUGCCAAAGGCCGCACAAAGAAAUUAACUACCGGGUAGGCUCUACAUCACGCUGGAUCCGUCAGAUACUUUGUGUGUGCGAAGACACCAAGAAAGAUCAUCUUGAAGGAAAAUUAAAGCAUCAACAAGAGGAUAGCGAGACCAUUCUAUGUGCAAUCAAGAACACUAAUGACUCUGAGGGCAAUGUGCCACAACUGUCGCCCACGGCCGGUUUGUCAAUAUCCACUACUGUUUCGGAUGACAAGACCAGGGUCUCCCUCUGCUUUCCACGUCUUCUUUCUCGCGCAGUAACGCCAAGAAGAACGACGGAAGACUCUUCUCAUGGGGUAUCGGACGUCUCAGUGGUUUUUCGUGUACUCGUGGAAGCCCAAAUUGUAAACGCUGCAUAUUACCAACCAUGCCCUUCAAGGGAAGUUCCGAUGUCAAAUAAGAUCAAUGCGCAACGAAUCAAGGACGCCUAUGACUCUUAUCACAGCACCGUCGUGAAAUACGAAACCCGAUUCCUUGCCGCACUGCGAGAACUGGUUGCGGUGCUUCUCCAGGCCUAUCGUGAGGAGCUACGGGGUGGAAAUUUCAGUGUUAACACGAAUCCAGAAACGAUUCAUCAGACCUUCUCCCUUGACGUUCCUGUUUACCACGUGCGUGUUGCCGUCACAGACACAAUCGAAACACGGUUAUCCCAACUUCGUUCUCUCUGUAAUGCUCUAAUUUCGCACUGUGUGGACCCAAGCUCCUCACUGAUGUGGGAGAGUACGUGCGCGCUGAGGGUGCUGCACGAUCUAUCGGCGAUAACGGAAGCGCUAGUGAUGGUGAUAGGAACCCCCAUCACUGCGGUUGAGGGUGAGGGUGGGGAAAAGGUGGAGUGUGUCGACAAGGAGAUUAUGUUUUCUAGCACAAUGGCGGCAAGGAUGAUAUUCUUAAAGUCUAUAAUACGACUUUUGGUUGAGCUUGAUACUUUUAUGGCGCACUGCACGGCCCAUAGGCCAGGGGAGGCGCAUGAUGGAGGUUUUGCCAGCUCAGUAGCAAAUCAUGCUCCAAGAGAACAAAGGAACAUCUCCAAGCUGAGGAUUAGAAGGCUUUCACAGGCGCUAUGGACGUUUUACAAGGAUGCAUGUGCGCUGCUGUUUUUACAUCCCACCGCUGCACACUUGAUGCACAGGGUGUGUAACGAAGCCCUUGAACUGCGUAUCUCAGCUCUUAUGUCCUCUCCUGCCCUUCCGGGGCCUUUCGUGGCCAUCUGCAGGGAAUAUCUUCAUCACAGCUGUAGCACUGAGUCGGGCAGUGUUGACACUCGCAGAGAGGUCUAUGGGCCCCUAGAAAGUACUGGAGAAACGUUGUCUGAGGCUUUUCUGGAAAUACCCAAGUCGUUUAUGGAUCACUUUACCACUCCUUUGCGUCAUUUAAUGCCACCACCAUCCAUACUUGUACAUUGCCGUCAAGGCGUCUCCCGUAGCCCCAGUGUGGCGUCCAUGUACUUUAUAUCACAUAUGAAACACGCAUUGAGAAACUGGCAACGCGGUGAUGGAAAGGCAAAUCCUAAUGUGGUAGUAGGCGAGGGUUCACAAAAGGAGGCAGAGCCAUCACCGAUGUUUAUAGCGCAGUUCAUCGAUGUGCUAAGAGAGGCACGCCCAGAGAUCAACCCCAAUCUAAGCUUCUGCUGUGAACUGGCGUCUUUUUGUCGUUGCAUUCUCGAAAACUGA